AUGUCGAACGACGGACCAGAAUUGACUGCGCCAACGACCCCUCCUUCCUCUGCAUCAUCGAAUGUCUCGAAUCCUUCCCCACCUUCCUCGCCAACAACACCCACCCCUCUGACAACUAGUCUCGAGUCCCUAAGCCUCGACACUUCUCAACUGAAUAAUGAAAGUGAUGAGGAUGAAACCGAUGAGUUAUUGCCCUCUCCGGGUCCACUGCAACAACAAAAAAAAGAGAGAUAUCUCUCAUCACCAAUAACGAUUUCAUCUACAUCACCUCUCAUACAACCCCUCGACAACGCUCGCUCGGCUGCCAGUAUAUCAAACCUGAUUAAUCACGACGAAGAACGUCCAAUUAAUUCUUCCUCACCCACCGACACAAAUUCCCCAACUUCGCAAAUGAGCAGCAGAUCGAUCUCUCCUGCUCCGGAGACUCCGAGGAACAACGUCAACAGCGUCGGUGUUGUGAAUGAACCGAGAUUCAUAAACAUCGAGUUUCACAACACUAAUAAUUCCGACUUUGCGGCCGCUGCUUCAAACUCCAAGAAGAGAAGAAAGGGUGGUCACGAUCACGACGACGACGGUGGAAGUAGCAAAAGUAAUCGUCGCGAGUCUGACUCUUCAAAGAGGCAAAGACGCGGUGCCCACAAGAAUAAUCAUACCUCCUCGAACGUGAUCAAUAGCAUUAGCCCCGGGAUGAUGGUGAUCGACGAGAAUGACGAACAUAUCACCCUCAACGAUGGUUCCAUACCCCCCUCGCCGGUGCCAUCGUCGGGAUUCGACGAGAUGGUCUUGGAUGAUCAAGUUUCCGACGACUUCUCGGGUGCCAACUCACCUACGAGCACAGGUGGGGGAAUAUUCGCCGCAAAACAAAAUCGUAAGAAACCUUACAUUCCACGACCACCGAAUUCCUUCAUACUCUAUCGACAACAUCAUCACCCGCUCAUCCUCAAUCAGCAUCCCGGCAUCAACAAUUCAGAGAUCUCUCGUAUAAUCGCCGACCACUGGCGAAAGUUGUCCGAUCAGGAAAGGGAUGAAUGGAAGAAGAAGGCCGAAGAGGCUAAGGAAAAACACAUGAAGGCCUGGCCGGAUUACAAAUAUCAACCGAGGAGGAGGGUGGUCGGUCCGACGUUCAAGAAACCGUUAAAGGGUCCUGGGGCACCUACUACCUCAAGCGGCGGUGGCUCCACGAUGAAGUCUGACAAUAUCGGAGAUUUUGAAUUGUCCACAAGUUCUGCAUCGCGUCGCCACAUGAGUCGUGAUAGUCAUGUGGGUAGCUUUGUGUUGGAAGUUCCGAGAAAACCAAGUGCGGACAGGGAAGCUCCUUCGCGCAACGAUUUGAACAUCUCGCAACGCGACAUAACCGAUGGGAAGUUCCUCAUCGUCGAACGUGGUCCAAAGGAAUUGAACACGUGCAAAAUAGAUCGAAAACCAAGUAACAGGAAACCUUCAACCACCGAAACGCUCAAGGCCCAAAUCUCCUUGUCACAUUCGGCGCCCAACAUCAUACCCCAGCAAAACACAACACGUUUACCUCCACCGCACACUUUGGUGGUGCCUCCUCCGAUUCAGACGUUGCCACCUACCCAAGCAGGAAUGAUCUUGCCCACUUCUCCACCGCCUUCAACCCACACCGCUCGUGGUGCACUGAUUGUCCUUGAAGGAUGCGAAGAUGUCACAACGUCUCUGCAAUCGACAAAGUUACUCGAAUUCCUGAAAAACGAGGGGAUAAAGGCUUCCCUGUGGAAGUUUCCUGACACCUCGACACCAUCCGGCACAGCGUUGAAAGCCUAUCAGUCAAGUAAUCGUCAACCACACCCAAAAACCUAUCACCUGCUCGUUGCCGCACAUUGGUGGGAAUUGAUGCCCAUAAUGAGAGAACAUUUGCUCAAUGGCACCACCCUUAUUGUUGAUCGUUACGUGUAUUCCGCAAUCGCAAAAUCGGCUGCAGCUGGUCUGGACUUGAAUUGGUGUAAGAAUAGUUAUGUUCAAUUGAUGGAUCCCGACCUGAUCUUUUUCUUGAAUGUGGAGCGGGAUUUCUCUGCCGAUAAAGAGCAACAGCUUCCGCAUGUUCAAGACGUGUUUGGCGGUCCAGGUGUAAAUGGUGAAAGUGUUGCCGAGGAUGGUAGACGCAAUGUAGAAUGGCAAAAGAGAAUGCAGGAUGCAUUUGGUAAAUUGGCGGAAGUUCACUGGAAGAUUUUAGACGCGUGCAAGUCAAACACACUUGUUCAUGCGCAAAUUCUUGAAGCUUCAAUUGAAGUGAUUGAAAGGUGUCGCAAAUUUAACCCAAGUUACGGAGGUAGUAUCAAUAAUAAUCUGAUAAUGCAAAAUCCACACUUGCCUCCGCUCGGACCACCGACAUCAUCGCCGGUUCAACCGUACCCCCUAGUCAAUCUAAACGGUGCGCCGAAUGGUCAACCGACAGGUGCAUCUCAAUCAUCACCACCACAACAGGGUUUACCGCCCAUAGGGAGACACGAUGGAUUUCCUAGAUCGGUUCAUGUGCAAUUGUGA